AUACUCGAGUACAAGCCCAGACCAUUCACUCCCGACGCACGCAACACACAAGCCACUCAUCGUCUUCCACAAAACUCACACAUUUCGAUAUGGCUUCUCAAGGCGUCGUCUCCGCACGCAGUGCCUACCGACAACUUCUCCGCGCGACCCGCGUGGCCUUCCACAACGACCUCCGCGUCAUGGUCGCAGCGCGUCAAGAAGCGCGCCGCAACUUCGACAACCACCCUCGCCAGGGCAUCGACACCCCCAUGCAGAUCAACCACGCCAUCGAGGUGGCCAACAUCCUGCGGCACAACAUCGUGCAGGGCGUGCGCGACGACGGCGACGAGAAUGCCAAGUGGGAACUCCGGAUCCACGACGAGAUCGAGCGCGGCGACAACGAUUCCAUCAAGAUCGCCGGGAAGAAGGUCAAGGUGGACAAGCCCUGCUCUGCUUGAUCAGGACGAUUCCAUUGUACAGGGACAGACUACAGUCUAAACGGGCGGGGGGUGCGGUGGUUGACUGCAAAGAUAUGCAUUGCGGAUUGUAUUAUAGUAUACCCGAAGUUUCCUUUUGUUUUCUCUCUUCUCUCCUUUCUGGCGUCUCUU